CGAGCGAGCGAGCCGAACCAAGCCUGCACGCAGUGGCGUCCUCUCGCAUGAGUCGCGCGAUCGUCUGUUGUUAGUGCUGUAGGAAUCAAGCAAGAAACGACAAGACGUGUUGCCACCGUUGCAGUUACACCUGACACCAUGAGGGAACAUUCGAUAAAGCGAGGCUCCGACGACCUCUUGUCGCAGACGGGCGCAGUGAGCAAUGGCUCAGUAAUGAGUCCGCAGCCAAAUCAUGCGGACAACAACAAUGACGCCAAGAAGGUGAAACUGGACAAAAACAAUGGCAAACCGUCCAAGGUGAUACACAUCCGCAACAUCCCUAACGACGUGACAGAGGCUGAAAUCAUCCACUUGGGGAUACCAUUCGGUCGAGUCACCAAUGUGCUUGUCCUCAAAGGAAAGAAUCAGGCAUUCCUGGAGAUGGCUGACGAGGUCGCAGCGUCCACAAUGGUGAACUACUUCACAUCAUGUGUGGCGCAACUUCGCGGCCGAGCAGUCUAUGUGCAGUUUUCCAACCACAAGGAACUCAAGACCGACCAGACGCAUUCCAACGCGAACGCGUCGGCACAGGCUGCGCUGCAGGCCGCUUCCGCCUUGUCUGGUCAGAACGAGACCCAAGGCGGACCAAACACAGUACUCCGUGUCAUCAUCGAGCACAUGGUCUAUCCAGUUACUCUAGAUGUGCUCUGUCAGAUUUUCACGAGAUUUGGCAAGGUUUUGAAGAUCGUCACUUUCACCAAAAACAAUACGUUCCAAGCUUUGAUUCAGUAUCCAGAUGUAAUCACAGCUCAAGCUGCCAAGCUGUCUUUGGAUGGUCAGAACAUCUACAACUCGUGCUGCACUCUUCGGAUUGAAUACUCGAAGCUAACAAGUUUAAAUGUGAAGUACAACAAUGACAAGAGUCGUGACUACACUAAUCCAAGCUUACCUACUGGAGAUCCUGGCCUUGAUGCAACACUGGCUUUGGGUGGUGAGCUGUUGCCACAGCUACUUCUAGGUGGUGCUGGUGGAGCUCGCCAUCGUGGAAUUGGUCAAGAUUCAGCUACAGCAGCUGCUGCCCGUCUCCCUCCACCAGGUGCUCCAGGUGUCCUGGCUUCACCAUUUGCAGCCAUGCAUGGUCUUGGCUCACCGCUUACCUCGCCGUAUGGCAACUCCGCAGUUGGAGGUCUGGGAGCAGCUGGGAUGCCUCUAGCUGGUUUCCAGAUGGCUGGUGCAGCAGCAACCACUGCUCUUGGUGGCGCUGGAAUUCGCUUGGCUGGCUCACUAAAUACUGGUGGAUGUGUACUGCUUGUCAGCAAUCUGAAUGAAGAGAUGGUCACGCCUGAAGCUCUCUUUACCCUAUUUGGUGUGUAUGGCGACGUACAGCGUGUGAAGAUCUUGUACAAUAAAAAGGAUAGUGCCCUUAUUCAGAUGGCUGAACCACACCAAGCUCACUUGGCCAUGACACACUUGGAUAAAUUGAGAGUCUUUGGGAAGCAGAUACGUGUAAUGCCUUCUAAGCAUCAGACAGUUCAGCUGCCAAAGGAAGGACAACCAGAUGCUGGCCUUACAAAAGAUUUUACAAAUUCAGUUCUGCAUCGUUUUAAGAAACCUGGCUCCAAGAAUUAUCAGAACAUUUAUCCACCAUCACCAACGCUUCAUCUUUCCAACAUUCCCCCAACAGUUUCUGAAGAAGAAAUUAAAGAAGCUUUUACAAAGAAUGGCUUCACUGUGAAAGCUUUUAAAUUUUUCCCAAAGGAUCGUAAGAUGGCACUUAUACAGCUUCCUUCAGCUGAUGAUGCUGUUGCAGCUCUCAUUAAAAUGCACAAUUACCAGCUGAGUGAGUCCAAUCAUCUGAGAGUCUCGUUCUCAAAGUCCAACAUAUAAAUACACCCAAAUGUAUUAUCUUCGAAAAUGUGUCUUGCGUGUGAAUUAAGAGGAAAUGCUGAAUUUAGGUGUACGAGCCUGAAUUUAAUGUGUGUGCUUUCAUACUUUGAUGGUACAUUGUAUUUAUCAGGGAAAGACGAUUCGCUAUUUUCAAAACAUUGCAUAGCAAAUGUAAGGAAAUGCAAUGAAGGGACAAUGAAUGUUAAUUGGAAAGUCAGUUUUUAAAACCUUACUGUAGGACAUAUGUUUUACUCAUGUCAAUUGAUCAUUAUUCUGCUACUCAUGAAUUAGAUGCACAGAAUUUAAUUUCUUCCCUUUAUAAAAUUAAAAACCACAAAUUAAUUAUGGAAGGAGUUGAGCACUUGAUAUUAAAGUGACAUGUUUUAAUAGCUGUGGUAUAACUUACAACAUUUCAUUGAUGGAUGUAUAUCAUUUAUGUCCAACCAUUUCCUAUUUUCUUCCUACCCAUCAUUCUUUUGCACUAAUUCUUGUGUUUCACUGUUGUGUUCACAGCGGUCACUUUUUUGCUGUUUGUGUACAAUUAGAGUGAAACAGGGUUGGCUAGUUGAUAUACUUGUAGCCCAGUUAUUAAUAGUAAUACAACAAGGAUAGUGUUUCCUUAUGUGUAUACAUAUAUGUGUAUUGUCCAUUAUAUUCUUGAUACCCCUUUAUAUUACAAAGGUGACGGUUGUACUGAAAUUUGUUUCUGUUCAGCAUCAGAUGUUUAUUGGACAGUGACUCUGACAUCUAUCUUUAUGCAUUUCUUUACUUUUCCAAUGAUGUGUCUGUCAGCAUUGUGUAAUAAGAUAUUACCUGAAAUGGUAAGAGCUUUCCAGCAACAAUACUGGUAAUAAAAAAAAGCUUAAUUUUGGUUCAUUUGUUGAUUUUUUUUUUUUUUCACUUUUUAUGCAUCGAAGUAAUUUGCUCGUGUAAAAGUAUUUUUCUGUGUCCUUCCUUAUUUUCUGUGUAAUCUAUCCUUCCAGUUUUGUUCUAAGUAUCAUAAGAAGUUGUACAACACAAAGAUUGCUAUGUUAGUGUGUACUGGUUCGGCAUGAUACAUUGUGUCUGGACAAAGUAACAAAUUUCAGUACGUGAUGCUCUAUACUUUCAAGUUUGCUAAGCUGUGCUGUGUAUUGUGUAACACUGUUGGUUUGUGUGGAAGGUGCAUAAUAUUGCUCUGAAAAGACAGAGCAUCUCUUGCAAAUCAUCAUUGUCAAUCAGUUUUAUGUAUGAGUGUGUCUGGGAUUUUUGUGUUAUACCUUUAUAUUUUGCUGAAUGUCAGUUUUAUUUGCAACAGUAAACCACAAAAUAUGAAAGAGAAAGAGAGAGGGAAAGAAAGCAAGUGAAACCUACCUGACCUGUCCUGAGUUAUACACAAUAGCGGUUUACAAUAUGUGUAUGGUAUUUUGAUUUAAAGUUUGAAAAUUAUAGAAUGGUUACAAAAUUGUGUUACGUGAUCAAAUAACAGUAAGUACAUAUUAUGUUUAAACGACAUAAUGGUGUGCUAAGAAGACAGCAUGUAAAGUCAGUGAAGGGUAUGUAAAUCACCUAGCCUGAUGAAUUGGAGGAAUAAAGCUAAUUUUUUUAACGGAUGCUUAGAGACUAUUAUGUGCAGUAUUGAAAAUACUUCGUGUGCUUGUUUAUGUAUGUAUGUGUAAAUUGAAUGCUAAUGCUGAUGGUAUUUCUUUCCUUUGUGCCCAAGUCUUAAGUAACAUUUUGUUAGAUUUAUUAUCUUGGAAGUGUCACAAAUUUCAGUGUCAGUAUUGCUAGUAAAUUUGAGGCAGAUUUCAUAUAUGUUUGGAAACAUUAUUUGUGAGUGUUCAGAGAGCAGUUUUAUAUUUUACAGUAAUUUUAAUGUAUAAAGAAAGAAUUUUUUACAUUUUUUGCACAUACUUUCUUUAACAAAUGUUGCUGCUGUUAAUAUUCUCUCGUGCUCAGUUGUGUUCUUUCACAAGUCUCCCUUAAACUAAUGGAGAUAAAGUAUCAUUCCAAGCAUCUGCAUACAUUUUUCGGAAUACUACAUGACUGUGUUCUGCAAUUGACUUGCCUGCAGUUAGAACUGCAAAAUAAUUCAGUUGAGAAAUGCUUCAUCAAAAUUUUAAACUUGCUACAAUGUAUGUGGUAUUGUGAUGGGCCAGUUUGUUUAGAAUAGGAUUUGUUAGAUUUCUUAAUUUGCCAUGAACCGUUUGUAAAUGGCAGUCCGUUGUAAUUAGUUUAAAUGUUAGUAGCAUAGGUUUUUAUAAGUGGUCUGAGUUAUAUAUAUAUAUAUAUUCAAGAAUCGAAAGAUGCGUAAAUGUCAUAAGUUGUUCAGGCUUUUUAUCUUCAUUCUCCCCGCGCUCCCCAACCCCGAUAUGUAUAAACUUAGUGAAAAAGAUUUGGGAGUAUUAAGAGUGGAAUGAGAUUUAGUUUUUACAGAGGCUGAAAAAUCGUGUAUUAUAAUGACAUAUAAAGACACUGUGUAGUAAA